AAGCCACCUCGAAGGAGACUGGCCAGGAAAGGGUCAAGGGAACCCAAUGGGGCGCAAAAGCGGAGAGUCACUGCGCGGCAAGCAACACUGAGUAACUAGCCGGCCGAUCAAAACUACGCCGGCUAGUCCGCACUAAGCGCACGCCGUCCUGCCGGCUUUGGGAUGGGUUUCCUGGUUUCCCCGCUGCUCUCCGCCAACGCGCAAACAGCCGCGCCGCGCCCUUCGCUUUUCCAACCGCGCCGCAGGCUGCAUCUGACCGGGAUUUCCUCUUCGGGGAAAGUGCGUGGAAGCUGGGCGAAGGCUCCGCGCCGCGUUGCUCUUGCUUGCCGGUUCCCGCCCCUUUCCUUCGCCUCCCUCUCCCUGGCGAAGUUGGCCUCCCUCAGCCGCUCCGGUCCUGGGAAGGACAGGGACUCUCUUGGCUGGAGCCGUCAUGUGACGCGAUUGGGCUGCCUGGAUCGGCGCCGCACCAUGAGAGACCUGGGGGCUGGGCAGCGCGCGAGCAGGCGCCAGGUAGCGCCCCGGGGGCUGCUGUUCCCUCGCCUCUUCUGCCUGCUCCUGCUUUGGACCAAAGAGAGCGCCGCGCUGGCUGACUUCUCAGGUUACCUAACCAAACUCCUGCGAAACCAUACUGUGUAUGCCUGUGACGGUGAUCAUUUGAGUCUGCGGUGUCCUCGGCAUUCAACAAUAAGUGUCCAAUCUGCAUAUUAUGGGCAAGCUUAUCACUUGUGUAGUGCACAGCAACCUGAAGUCAUGGUAAAAGAGCCACUAAACUGUGUAGCAUCUACUACCUUGCAGAAAGUCCUCGAUGAAUGCCAGGACCUGAGAGACUGCCAACUCCUUGUUAACAGUCGACUUUUUGGAUCUGAGUUAUGUCCAGGAGUCACUAAAUACCUCCUAGUCUCCUUUAAGUGCCGACCUAGUGAAUAUAAAACUAGAUCAGUAUGUGAAAAUGAAGAACUGAAACUACACUGCCAUGAAUCAAAAUUUCUUAACAUCUAUUCAGCCUCUUAUGGCAGGUCUGCCCACGAGAUGGACUUCUGUUCAACAAAAAUGGAUUAUCUUCCCCAAUAUGGUAGGCUGAUAAAGUUUAACAAAACAAACACAAAAAGUGAUGAGGCCAAGACAAAGAAAUGGACAGAGCCAAAUAUAAAUUUUGAUCCAAAAGAAUCAAGAAUUCCAAAGAAGGAAGAAACUAUAAUUAGCAGCAGUUUGGCUACAUUUGCAUACAUUAGAGAUCACCUUGAAAGAGCUGCUCUCUUGUUUGUGUCUAGUGUUUGCGUUGGCCUAAUGCUCACACUUUGUGCUCUGGUAAUGCACAUUUCUUGCUGCGAUGAUGUGAUAAAGCUAUGGAGGAUGAAAAAGCAUCAGGUGCUAGAAAAUCAGAAGGCUGAUGAAAACAAUGAGGAGGAGGAAGAAGAGGAAGAGGAAGAGAGAGGGGAAUCUUCUGAUUCAGAUUUUACUGAUGAACUAACAGGCUUAUGCAGGACUUCAAAUUCAGCUUAUUGUUCCCUGGAUGCAGCUGAAUUGGCUGAAAGGAUAGAGCGGCGAGAACAGAUCAUGCAAGAAAUCUGGUUGAACAGUGGCUUGGAAGCAUCUCCUACUAGAAGCUUCAGCCCAUUCUAUAUCAAUGAACAGCAGUGCAUUUGUUUUGGAUAACAUGCGCCUCUUUUCUUAAACUACCUUCUGUGAAGGAUCAUCUGCAAUGUAAUAUAAUAAUUAUUACAAAGAUAUAUAAAUAAUUAUUUAAAAUACCUUAAAACAGUUUUUAGUAUGGCAUAUUUUGAAUCCUUGCCUCCAGUUUAUUCUAUUUAUUUUAUCUCUGAAUUGUUUAUUAUGGUUUGAAAAUGAGAACCUAUGUUAAAAACCAGCACUAUAUAUAUUUGCACUAAGAAGAACCUGUUUUGGAGCAUAAAAGGUAAGGCUGAUAUAGCUAAGGUCACUAUGCAGAUCUCUUUUUCAAAAUAACUUCUAGACAUAUUCCAUUAGUUCAAGCCAAUCAAAUCUACAUGUAUUCCUGUCUUGAGAAUAUCAUAUAUUUUAUUGCAAUCUCCAGGAAACCUGAAGAACAAAGGAAGGAAAAAUGUCACUUCCUACUUAAGAAAUUUAGAAAUGUCUGAAUUUUCCCUUUAUGUUCAUAUAGUGACAUGAAAUGUAAUGGGUGGAGCAGCUUUUGAUUAUUAUUUUUUUAAUUUCUGAUGGGUUUAAAGUAAAAAAAUGGACCUUGAGAAAAUAUAUGGAAUGUUUUUUUCCAAUAACUAAUUAGUGACUUAAUACUGUACUGGGAAACCUUCAACUGAUUCAUUUCUUAGUAACACAGGAAGUCAACAGUUGCCAAAAGAGGUUUUUUAAAAAAAACAAGAAUUGAACUUGGUAUUGUAAAGAACUAUAAUGUGGUCUUAUUCAUUCAAGGUCAGAAAAUAAUCUGAUUUAGACUGAUUGACUAUGCUGUAGGUGAAGAGCAGGUGCACAUUCUGUUCUCUGUGGCAUAUAAUAUCCAUACCCAUAAUGCUCUUUCCUUUUGGGAAAACAAUGCCAUGCAAACUGCAAAUAAUAAUAAUAAUUAGUAAGCAAAAUAACUCAGAGAGAGAAUAUAUGAGAAAAUACAACUGGAAUUUACACCAGCACCUUCAUACACUUUUCAGUCUUUCAAACCAGAUUUGAUUUCACCAUGUACAUACACUUAUUUGUUUUUCUUUAAGUUUGUACUGUGUUUUCAAGGAGGUUUUCAACUUUCCUUACCCCAUUCACUUUUAUAUUUGUUUUGCAAUUUUAUCCUAUUCAUUCUCUGUGAAUCCAAGCCCAAACCUUAAGCCAGACUUCAGUUAAUUUUGUCAUUUAAGUCGUUCACAUUUGUAUUUUAUCAUACAGCUUGCUACUUAGCACUCAUUGCAAAUCAUUUUGGGAUCUCGGCCACAAACAUAGCAUCCUUUGCUUAUAAAACUGUACAGUAAACCCUGUCAUGGCCCAAUCAGCACAUCCAUAGUGUAAUGUAAUACCAACAUGUAUUACAGUAUUUCUAUGUAAAACAACCAAGGGAACCUCAGACAUUUUUUGGUCUUACUUUCUGCUUGUACCAUUUAUUAAGCAUUCCAUUUAUUUUUAGGCAUGUUUUACUUUGAGUGUA